AUUUACAAACACACUUAGCUUAGCUAGCGCUGUAACCUGCUGAGUGCUAAUGAACGCAGCAAAGGAAACAUUACCGACGUUUAAAUAAGAUUUUCUCGUCAAAUUAGACGAAAACUGUCAAGUGGGUCAAACAUGUUUGCGACUACGACGAGUGACAACCGCCGUGACAGCCCUGAAAGUGACGCAAAACCGUCUCAGACCACCGCAACAACGGAAUACUGCGCAAAGUUGCAGCAGUGGAUGUGGCAGUAUUACUGGGGGUAUGCCAACUGGCAGAGCUGGCUGGCUCUAUCAGCCUUCCCUCCGCCGUGCGGGUUCCCUUCGCCGGGGACAAGCGCCCAGACAUCGGGUACACCUGCCUCGACUUCGGGCGGCGGGCAGCAGGCUUUUGACACGGGGAACUGGUACAGCUACCCUUAUCCCCUCACUUUCCCAGCAUCCUUCCCUUAUCCGGGUGGUGCCCAGACCGAGCAGAGCUCAGCCGCGACCCCGACCCCAGCUACUGAUGCCCGGCAAGCCCCGCAGCAGAAUGGGAAUCCACCUCAGGCAGGACGGGAGUACACCAUCCCUUCGCCUCUCCAGAGGUUCCUGGCUGAGACAGUGGACUUCUUCAUCCUGUUCUGUGUGAAGGCCACCAUCGUGCUCUGGAUCAUGCAUCUGAGUGGUAUGAAGGACAUUGCCAAGUUUAUUACCCAUUUCAUUGUGGAGGAGAUAGAUGAGAACACGUCCAUGGAAGACCUACAGAAGAUGAUGGCUGUAGCUUUGGUCUACAGGGUGCUAGUGUGCGUCUAUGAGACAAUCUGUAUUUGGGGUGCUGGUGGUGCCACACCAGGGAAGUUCCUGUUUGGCCUGCGGGUGGUAACAUGUGACACAUCGACUCUGGUCCGACCCAACCGGGUCCUUGUAGUGCCAGCAUCUAAUGUUUCCCUCUCUGCCUCUACAGUGCGGGCACUUAAUAAGAACUUCUCCAUUGCCUUCCUCUUUCCCGUCUUCAUCACUCUCCUCUUCUUCCAGCACAACAGGACUGUGUAUGACAUUGUGGCAGGGACCAUUGUAGUCCAGCGCAGAGGGGGCAGAUAGCCUCUCCUGCAGCAGCCGACUCUCGUAUGCUUGGCAGGGUAAUGACAAAGUGCUGCAGGCCCAUGUGCACUGAGUUUCUCAAAUUUUUAAUCAGUCACAAAUGAACUAGCAUUGGGGAAAAAAGCAAUGCAUCAGCCUAUUUCUUCACUGGAACAAACGAGGACUUAAACUGCACUUUAAAAUUCAUGCAUACAGGUUUGAGCCUGGUUAGGUUGGAAUCAAAAGAAUCCAACUUUUUGUGUAAGGCUGAUUUUUUUCAACCAGUGAAUCAACAAAUAAGCUGUCAGGAAACCCUCGGAAGUAUUGUGAGUUUUACGUUGGGUGCUGUCCAAAGUUUCUGGGAUAUCCCGAGACUUUCUCGCAUAUGAUGUGAAUCUUAACUUGUGUGCUAUGUCAUAAUAUAUUUAUUUAUUUUUGCAAAAGAUUAAAGCCUCUGUAUGUAGGAUUUAAAAACUGUACCAGAAAAGACCCCCACCAAUUUUUACAAUAACUUUUCUACCAACAGAAACCAUCAGAGUAAUUUGACACAUAAUCACUACACAUAGGGGCUUUAUUAGGUUCUAAACAUUUGGUUAUUGUUAUCUCUUUUCUUUUCUGUGUUACAUUGUGAUUAUUUUUAAGCACUCCGACUGAAGAAAAUAAAGCCAGACCUAUUUCUAUCCAUUC